CAACCUUCCAAGUAUUGAGUUCACACUGCAGACACAGAAGAAUCAAAACAAGGUCCUCUGUAGUCUCUAUUUUCUUCUCUUUGUCAGUAAAAUCAUGACUCUGGGUCCAAAGAUACGUUCCUUGAAACGUGCCAGAGACCUCAGACCGCGUCCUUUAAUGGCUUCACACCCCCUCAUAUCGACUAUUUAACCCCAACCGGCUAAACAGACUCUUCAAGCUCCUCAUUUUAUAGUUCAUUCUUCUCUUUCUUCACCCAAAAGUUUCAGCUCCCUGCAAAAGGACAACUCAACCACUGGUGGCUCUACAUUUCUGCCCAGAAGCUCUAAUCUUUGUCAACUUUUCUCAUCAGUGAGUGGUUCUACUACUUCUUCUUCUUCAUUCUCUUCACCUUAAAAUACCAUGCAGCUUUCUCUUUGCCAUUUCCUUUUCUUGUUCUUGUGCUGCUCUGUUUCCAUAACCACUAUAACUAGUUUGAACUCUGAUGGGCUUGCUCUACUGUCCAUCUUAAACCACUGGACUUUUGUCCCCAAACCCAUUUCCUCAAGCUGGAAUCUUUCUGAUUCCACACCAUGCAAAUGGGUAGGAAUAGCAUGUGACCCUGCCCACAAUGUUUUUGCCUUGAAUGUCUCUAGUUAUGGAAUUUCUGGUCAGUUAGGACCUGGAAUUGGGAACUUGAGUCACUUACAGACUCUUGUUUUGAGUUUCAAUAAUUUUUCUGGCCAAAUUCCCAUGGAGUUGGGCAGUUGUAGUCUUCUUGAGACCUUGGAUUUGAGUUAUAACCAGUUGAGCGGCGUAUUGCCCGAGAGUCUGAACAACCUUAAGAACCUCUCCUAUCUACAAGUCAGUAAUAACAGUCUUGAGGGUACCAUUUCUUUUGGUUCAGAAAAUUGCAAGAAUUUGACUUUCUUGGAUUUGUCAAUCAAUCAGUUUAGUGGAGGUCUUCCAUCAGCCCUUGCCAAUUGUACUGGUUUAAGGGAAUUUUCGGCUGCAGUUAACAAUUUAGUUGGUCCAAUACCGUCUUCCUUUGGCCUACUAGAUAAGCUACAACUUCUAUACCUUCCUGAGAAUCAGCUGUCUGGAAAAAUACCUCCAGAACUUGGCAAGUGUAAGUCCUUGACCGGACUACAAUUGUACACAAACCAACUAGUUGGAGAAAUUCCCGAUGAGUUGGGAAUGUUAACCAACUUGCAGGACCUUCAAUUAUUUCAAAACAACUUGACUGGUGAAAUUCCAGUUAGCAUAUGGAAGAUUCAAACUCUUCAAUAUGUCCAUCUAUACAAGAAUAACCUCACUGGGGAACUGCCUCUAGAGAUGACUGAGCUCAAUCAACUGGAAAACAUCACAUUGUACAACAACCAGUUUUAUGGAGUUGUACCUCGAGCUUUGGGGAUUAACAGCAGUUUAGUUCAGUUAGAUUUUAUGUAUAAUAUGUUCACUGGUAGCAUCCCUCCAAAUCUUUGCCUUGGAAAGAAGCUAAGGGCAUUGAAUAUGGGGUUCAAUCAGUUUCAAGGUACCAUACCUUCUGAUGUCGGAAGUUGUUCAACUCUAAGGAGGUUGAGACUCGAACGGAAUAACUUGACCGGAGUACUUCCGCAAUUUGCAAAAAAUUCUGACCUUUCAUAUAUGGACAUCAGCAGCAAUGAGAUUAGUGGAGAAAUUCCAUCAAGCUUGGGAAACUGUAGCAGCCUCACCUCCAUCAACUUGGCCAUGAAUAAGUUAACAGGAGUUAUACCAGAGGAGUUAGGAUACCUUGCAGAUCUUCAUACUUUGGAUCUUUCCCACAACAGUUUGGUGGGUGCUUUGCCUUCUAGCCUAUCCAAUUGCACCAAAAUGCUGGAGUUUGAUGUGGGGUCCAACUUCUUGAAUGGCUCCAUUCCUUUGAGUUUGAGUAGUUGGACAGAUUUAUCUAAAUUGGUAUUAAGUGAGAACAGGUUUACUGGCGGCAUUCCAACCUUCUUGUCAGAAUUUAAAAAGCUUUCGGAGCUACAACUUGGUGGAAAUUUGUUGGGAGGUGUGAUUCCAUCGUCAGUUGGAGCACUGCAGAAUUUGUUUUAUGCUCUGAACCUUAGCAAUAAUGCAUUGACAGGUGUGGUUCCUUCAGAGCUUGGAAAGUUGACAAUGCUACAGCGAUUAGAUUUAUCUCAUAACAAUCUGACGGGGACUUUGAGGGCUCUUGAUGGGAUGAUUUCAUUGAUUGAGGUUAAUGUUUCAUACAAUAGCUUCACAGGUGCAGUACCAGAAACAUUGAUGAACCUGUUAAACUCAUCCUCAUUUUCCUUUUCCAGCAAUCCCUCCCUAUGUGUCAGUUACCUUCCAUCAUGUGGCUUCACUUGUGCUGGAAACAACACUAUUAAGCUCUGCAAUAGUCAAUCAAGCAAGCAGAAAGGACUUAGUAAAGUGGAAAUUGCAUUUAUAGCCCUAGGAUCAUCGAUACUAGUUGUUUCUCUGCUGUAUCUACUGGUGUAUUUGUUUUGCUUGCACAAAAGGACUACGCAGGAGGUUGGGGUCUCAGCUCGAGAGGGCCCAUCUUCCUUACUCUCCAAAGUCAUGGAGGCUACAGAGAACCUUAGUGAUAGAUAUAUCAUUGGGAGUGGAGCCCAUGGAACUGUUUAUCGAGCUUCUUUGGAUGAAGACAAAGAUUUUGCUGUCAAGAAGCUUGUAUUUGAAGGGCAUGAAGGAAGGCGCUUGAGCAUGAUUAGAGAACUUCAAACCCUUGGGAAGAUCAGGCACCGGAAUCUGGUUAAAUUGGAAGACUUCUGGUUAAGAAAGGACUAUGGCUUAAUCUUGUAUAGGUACAUGCAAAAUGGGAGCCUUCAUGAUGUUUUGCACGAAAUUAGCCCCCCACUAAUUCUGGAGUGGAGUGUCCGCUACAAGAUAGCACUGGGAACUGCAUACGGCUUAGAAUAUCUCCAUUAUGAUUGUGAUCCCCCAAUAGUGCAUCGAGAUAUCAAGCCAAUGAACAUUCUGUUAGACUCUGAUAUGGAAGCUCAUAUUGCUGAUUUUGGAAUUGCUAAACUCUUGGAUCAGUCUACUCCUUCAACGGUGUCCAUCUCAGUUGUUGGUACAACCGGAUAUAUCGCACCAGAAAAUGCAUUCAGAACAGGAAACAGUGUGGAAUCUGAUGUGUACAGUUACGGGGUUGUUUUACUUGAGCUGAUAACUAGAAAGAAGGCAUUGGAUCCAUCAUUUAUGGAGCAAACUGAUAUUGUAGGAUGGGUUAGGUCCGUGUGGAGCGACACAGAAAAAAUUGAUAGGAUUGUUGAUUCAAGCCUUGUGGAGGAACUUCUGGACUCAGAUAUCAGGGAACAAAUUGUUGAUGUGCUUCUUGUGGCUUUCAGCUGUACUCAUAAUGAUCCUAAGAAGCGACCCACGAUGAGAGAUGUUAUCAAGCAAUUAUUAGAUGUAAAUUCCCCAAUGAGGAGGACAAAAUUCUAGCUUUUGGACAUUUCCAAAUUGGUUGUUCUAAUUAUUGGAUACCCUUGUCUUAGCACUUUUAAUGUACUAGCAUUUCGUCGUUAUGGGAUUAUAGUCAAUAGACAAUCUCUUCUCCUCAGUAGUGGUGUUUCUUCAAAUAUAAAUCAUAGUCUCUUUUAGUAGCCAUUUUCAUAGUUUAGUAAAAAAAAGUAAACAAUUGAAGACUGAUAGAAGUUCAAUUAUAACAAAUGUCAGGCAGAGACAGUAUGAAAUGAUAAACAAA